CGUCGAUGGUGUUGGUAUCAAAUGCCGUAUGAAUAUUACGACGGUGCCAUCGUAGAGUUGAUUUUUCAUUAACAAAGGUGUGACAUUUUUAUUGUGAUAUUUUCAUUUGAAAAACGUACUUGUUUUAUGUAAAAGCUGGUGUAUUCAUCAAGAUAAAGCAGUAUUUGUGAAAAGAUUUUCUCCGGCGGACAUCUUUGUUUUUGUAGCUCGCUUGUUUCUAGCACCGGGGGAAUUAAUCGAAAAGGAAAGUUGAGGCCAGUUCCGCUGCCGGUACAUCCUUCAGCUAAACAAUGGCGCCUCGCAAGGGUAAAAAGCACCAGCCGAAAGGGCCGUACUAUUUCUUCAUGAUGGAAUUCAAAAAGAAGCAAGAGGCGGCCGGUUAUAAUUUCCGCGGUGGAGCCCACGAGGUUCAAUUGAAAGCAUCACCUCACUGGAAUGCAAUGACUAAUGAAGAAAAGGAACCCUAUCAGAAAAUGGCUCGUGAGCAUAAAGAAUGGCUGCGGGAAAAUGGCGAAAAAUAUACAUCUCAGGGUGUACCGCUGUCUAUGGUGGAAGCUGAACAAAAGUCCAGACUGCAAAAAUCGGAAAUAAUUCGCAAUACCAUCAGUGGCAUGUUAGACGCAGCCGUCGCUAAUAAUGCCCUUGAAAAACAGGAAUUCUACUUCAUUUCGUUCGCGUAUUUCUGUGUUACAUCAAGCGGAACAUACAUUCCCGCGGAAAUGGGUUUGGUUCGUUAUAGCCUGAAGGAUGGCGUUAUGGAUAAACUACAUAUGUUUAUCGAUCCGGGGAAGCUUCCCUUGGGCAUGGCAUACGAUGCCAAAAUACAUUCUGAAAGCGACCAUCAGUUGCCGAUUCCGCCAGAUGCGAUGGGUGAAAAGGACAACGAUGAAAUAAUUCUAAAGCUUUUCAGCUUUUUAUCACAGCAGGAAAAAAUGCCUCCACUUUUUACGGAAACCACUGAAAUACGAAUGGUGGAAAAUAUACUUAAGGGGAUCCUGAAUCAGGGAUCCAUGGAUGAAAAUACGCUGCUUGUUUGUCCCAUGUCGGAAUUGUUCUUUCAUCUGAAACGAGCGACCGAAAGCUUCGGAAUGGACAUCAAAACCUUUCCAUCGGUGCACAUUGCCCAGGCUAUCAUCCAGAAGGAUGUUUACGAGUACACGAAGGACAUUUCGUGCGAAUUUCACGAGGAUCAUGGAAAUGGCAAGUAUUGCCCUCUGUCCAAAUGCGUCCGCUGGGCAUAUAUCAUUUCCGACAGUUGCUGUUUGGAUUUGAGCAUUGAAAUGAAACCGGGACGACACUUGCCCUUGAAUGCGGACACGGCCCUCUGCUCGUCAACAUUGGGUGACACCAGUUCCUUUAUUAGCGCCCAGUUCGACAACUGUUCGUUCGUGUCCACAUCGGAGGUGACUCAUCUGACAAAUCCAAAGAUGCAGAAGCUGCCAAAGGGCCAUUACGAUUCGUUUGAUGGGACAUCGUCGAAGGUGUUUAGUCACACGCGAGGUCUACCGAAGCCGGGAUCGUCUGCGUCGUCCGCCUACUCCGAGUACGACCGAAGAGCUAAGGUCAAGGACGAAUACCCCUCGCUGAGUGACUCGAUGAAGUACGAAACGGCUAGCAGCGGCUCCAGUUCCAGCCGUCGUGAUCCCAGAAAUCCUUGGGGAUCAUCGUCUACCAUUUCGGCGGCACCGUUGACCUACGUUCGUCGUGAUCGCGACCGGGACGGCUCCCGCUAUGACCGCGAUCGGGAACGUGAGCGUGAAAGAGAACGCGAACGUGACCGGGAACGCGAACGGGAGCGUGAUCGGGAACGAGAGCGCAACCGUGCGCGCGAUUUGGACCGCGAGCGUUCACGCGCAAGUGAUUUGGAUCGGGAACGUGACCGACGUCGCGAUUCGGACGAAUACUAUCGUGGUGAUAGUAGCCGCAGUAGCGCUGACAACAGUUCGCGCGUAAAACGCGAACGCCAUUCGUCCAGUUCGGAUCUAGAGGAUUCGGAACGUUCGACGUCGUCGCGAUCGAUUGAACCGCACCGAGUCGUGGGAGGCUAUGGACGUGGUUCACUGUACGCGGCACCCUCGUCGUCGCGCUCACCACCCGGCGGCACUGGCAGAGGAUUUUCGUCUAGCGAUUUUCCCGAACUGGGAGCAGUUCGCAGUGCUGGCCGUGGUCAACUUAGCAAGUAAGAGAUAGAGUUUGAAAUUAUUGACAACCGAUACGUCGGAUAUGAUGCCCCAUCGUGGAUACAAAUUUUACUUUCGAGUUCCCUGCAUGCGCACCUUUGAAAGCCUCCCCAGGAAGAGGAUAUUUUCUAGUAACUGGUAAGGUUAAAUUUCAAUUGUAAAUUAAGUUUCUAAAGUUUUUUAAUUUGUUUGUGAAUCAGUUCUUUUUAUUAACACCUCAUAUUUCAUAUUAUUGCUCAUGUUUCGUUUUAACAUUUUUUUGGCAAACAAUGAGACAUAGAGAACCUAUAUUUUUAAUAUUGUGACAACCAGUUUUUGAAGAAUCAUGCUAUUAAAGUUUUGCUUUUUAUGUUGAGGUCUUAAUUGUUGAUAUAUAUUACACUUACACUUUGUCAAUGUAACAAAAUUAUUCUAUCAAUCCAAUCAUGCAAAGUUUCAAGUUUCAUUGUACGAACAACAAACACUAAUCUCAGCGAUUAUGCCUAUAAUCCUGGUAAAACAAAUGCUAUUAUAAUAAUAGAAAUUAAAAUGUGAGGUACAAGGAACCGAAAAGAAAUACCACAAUAAAAAUUGCAAGUAAAAUCCACUGAAAGAAAACAUCAAUUAAAUUGUGAAUAUUCUCGAGUUUUGAAAAGUACAAUAAACUGGCGGUUGUUGUAUGCCAUAAA